AUGACUUUGAAGACCUUUUACAGUGCACCAUUCCUGCAUUUGAGGGACUACUGCCCACUCCUCAAGAUAAGCAACAAUCUGUCUUGGCAGGGCAGUACACAUGUUUUAGCAAAAAGGCGAGUUGGAGCACAGGCGUUCAAAGAGAUGUUUCCCACGGUCAGGGGGGAAAAAAAAACCAUGGUUGUGAGCAUGGCAAACCAAGAAGUCCUAGAAAAAUUCGUCCAAAAGGUGAACAAUGCACGUGAAACACUUAGGAGCCAAGAACCUAAGGAGAAAAAUGCUCAAUGUGCUCGAAGUUCACCAAGUGAUCACUAUCACAUUGCUGCUAGUUCACAAGUCAGUCAUGACUUGACUGAAUGGUUAAGCACACAUAGAGAUGACCCCACCGCCAAGAACUUCUUUCCCCAACUCAAGGACCACCUCCUUGCACGUCUUUGUGGCCUUGCAUACAAUGGCGACGAAUAUGAGUUCUCAGACGAGGACCAGAAUUGUGUGCUCCUGCACAACAACAAGAUAUUUGAGCAUAAUAUAUUGCAACACUACAUAUGA